AUGGGCACAGUUUGCAAUGACACCCAUGGUGAUUUCAUCCUCCGUGGCUUCUCUGACAAGCCGUAUUUAGAGAAAAUACUUUUUGGGGUAAUUUUGGUCUUUUAUUGUUUGACUCUCGCUGGAAAUACAAUCAUAAUAUUUGUUUCCUUGAAGGAACCAAAACUGCAGAUCCCUAUGUAUUUCUUCCUUUCCAAUCUUUCCUUAUUAGAUAUUUGUUUCACCAGCAGCUGUGUUCCUCAGAUGUUGGUUAAUUUGAGAAGUCCAAAGAAAACAAUCACCUAUAGUGGCUGUGCCACUCAGCUCUACAUCUUCCUGUGGCUUGGUGCCACUGAAUGUGUGCUUCUUGUUGUCAUGGCUGUGGACCGCUAUGUGGCAGUGUGCCAUCCUCUGAGAUAUGUAACUGUCAUGCACCCUAAAGUAUGUCUGCAGCUGGCAGUCCUUGCUUGGGGUUCCGGCUUGAUUCAGUCUCUGAUCCAAUCUACUGCUACCCUCAGGUUGCCCUUUUGCUCUCAGCGGGUAGUAGACAACAUUGUGUGUGAAGUUCCAGCCCUGAUUCAGCUCUCCAGUGCAGAUACUACCUACAAUGAAGUGCAGAUGUCCAUAGCCAGUGUUAUCCUCCUAGUGUUACCCUUGGCCAUCAUCCUUUCCUCCUAUGGUGCUAUUGUGAAAUCUGUACUGAAGAUAAAGUCACCUGCAGGGCAGAAAAAAGCAUUUGGCACCUGCACUUCUCACCUUCUUGUUGUUUCCCUGUUCUAUGGUACAGUAACAGGUGUCUAUCUUCAACCUAAGACUCACUAUGCUCAUGAACAGGGUAAGUUUCUCACACUUUUCUACACUGUAAUAACUCCAACUCUUAACCCUCUCAUUUAUACACUGAAGAACAAGGAAGUAAAAGAAGCAGUGAUAAGACUGUGGUGGAAGACUUGGAUUUCACAAAGAUAA